ACAUGAGGGAGACAAUUGCCUUCUUGUUCCUCUGAUCCCUGGCUCCUGGGCUGACCUGGAAUUUUUUUUUUUUUUUCCCUCAAGAUUCCUCCCUAAGCUAACAGAGUCUAAAGACAAAAAAUAAAUAAAUAAAAAAAUAAAACCCAGCCUGGAUCUGCGGCAGUGUGGCGAAGAGAAGAGAAGAGCUGGCGCUUGCUGGGACUGGUCCCAUCCCCCGGUGUUAGAUUGUCCCUUUUUCCUGCUUCUGUCUGUUGGGAUGGAUUGCAGGAAUGGAUGCUCAGCCGCCGAAGCAGGCUCGCAGGAGCUGGCGGAGACUUUCAAGUAGCCUGCACCUGUAACCCCACCGCUUGGGGUGCCAAGACGGGAUGGAUGAUCACGCGUUCGAGGCCUGCCCGGACCACAUGAGAGCCUGCCUCAGUGUCAAGCGUUCUAUCCCACUGGGGUUCAGACAGCGCCCUGCACGGCUGUUCGCAGCUUAGAGGCUGAAGAUCUCGUCAUCACACCAGCCACCGUUUUAAAGGAGAAGCCGGACCCCGAUUCGCUGGUGUUUGGAACUGUGUUCACGGAUCACAUGCUGGAGGUGCAGUGGUCGGCCGAGUCUGGCUGGGAGAAACCUCACAUCAAGCCCUUCGAGACCCUCUCCUUGCACCCCGCGGCCUCGGCUCUGCACUAUGCGGUGCAGCUCUUUGAAGGUCUGAAGGCCUUUCGAGGAGUCGAUAAUAAAAUUAGACUUUUUCGACCAGACCUCAACAUGAGCAGAAUGUGCCGAUCUGCUGUAAGAGCGACAUUGCCGAUGUUCGACCAGGGAGAACUUCUAGAAUGUAUUCAGCGGCUGGUGCUGGUGGAUCAAGAGUGGGUUCCCUAUUCUCCCUCUGCCAGUCUGUACAUCCGGCCCACGUUCGUCGGAAUCGAGCCUUCUCUUGGAGUGAAGAAACCUACGAAAGCCCUGCUCUACGUCAUCCUGAGCCCGGUGGGGCCUUAUUUUUCCAGUGGAACCUUUAAGCCAGUGUCUCUGUGGGCCAAUCCGAAGUACGUCAGAGCGUGGGAAGGUGGCACUGGAGACUGCAAGAUGGGAGGGAACUACGGUUCGUCUCUUCUGGCCCAGUGUGAGGCGCUGGAGAGCGGCUGCCAGCAGGUCCUGUGGCUGUAUGGGAAGGAUCACCAGAUCACUGAAGUAGGAACCAUGAAUCUCUUUCUCUACUGGACCAAUGAAGACGGAGAGGAAGAGCUGGCAACUCCUCCACUAGAUGGCAUCAUCCUCCCAGGUGUGACGAGGCAGUGCAUCCUGGAGCUGGCUCGCAAGUGGGGCGAGUUUAAGGUGACGGAGAGAUACCUUACCAUGGAGCACGUGCAGGCUGCCCUGGAGGGAGGCAGAGUGAAGGAGAUGUUCGGCUCGGGCACAGCCUGCGUCGUCUGCCCCGUUUCCGACAUAUUGUUCCAGGGCCAGAAGUUACACAUCCCAACGAUGGAGAAUGGGUCUAGACUUGCAAGCCGUAUUUUGGGAAAAUUGACUGAUAUCCAGUAUGGACGGGAAGAGAGCGACUGGACAAUCAUUAUAUCCUGAAGAAAAAAUGCUGACCCUCACAGCCUUCUGCACUGAAGACAGACCACCACGAUGUUUGAAUUGUGACAGAUCUCUCUGGUCACCCAUAGUACUUGUGACUAAUGUAGUUUGUAUUAUUAGUGUGUUGCCCAAUUCUGUUUUUUUUUUUUUUUUUUUCCCUUGUGCCACAGAAAAUGAAUUGAUAACCUUAAAGGGUGUCCUGUAAACUUGGCAGGAUCUGCUAACAUUCCCUGUCCCCAGAAAGAUACUAACGUAAGCCAUAGCACACACAUAGACUUCUCCGCAAUAAUGUGAGUGCCUCCCUUAGGACGCCACACUGUUCCCAAACACUUACUCGCCCGUGGAAGCUAUGGGCCCUCCACCAAAGGGGGUGUCUGUGUAUGAUGUGGGUGUCACAGGCGACGUUUCCUGGGGCACAGUGUUGUUCUCAGAAACACUCUGAAGGUGGUUGUCACUUAUUAUGGGUGUUGGAUUUGUUUGUUUGUUUUGAGAUAGGUUUGCCCUGUAGCUUGGCUGGCCUUGGACGCCUUAUGUUAGUCCAGGCUGGCCUUUAACUCACACUGAUCCAGCUGUCUCAUCACCUUCCUAGGUGCUGGGACGAUACCCAGCACACUGGGCUGGGUGUUCACCACCAUGCCUGGCUUUUUUUUUUUUUUUAAAUUCAAGAUUUUGAACAACUGGAUCCCUUACCACCACACUUGGGCAGGAUUGUGAUCCCAUGUUAAGUAAGUUUCGCCCUUCCUGAGGUCACGGUCUGCUCCACACUCACGUUGUGCAUCCGUUAAGACUGACCGCAUUGUCCCUGGCCCCUUUUCCACGUGGUAAUAUAACUGGCUGCUCAUUGUACUGCUGUGAGCCUGAAGGUCUCAUACCCUCUGGGUCUUGGCCCGAACCCCCAGUGUCCAGCGUGGAGUACGUGCUCCGUAGAUGUUUAAUGCACCGAGUGGGCGAAUGAAUCGAUGUAGAAGUUUACCUUUGUUUCUCUAUGAUGAAACCUCCGUCAGAACUGUGACUGGCUGUCACGGCAUUAUAGCAGUAUUUACCUCAUGCUGUCUUUAUUUUCCAUGGACUCCCACGUCCUUAGAGUCGCCAUGGCAUAGUCAGCUGGAGAAAUCAUUUUAUGUGUCAAGACUGCCUUGGAACUGAAUUCGUGAUACAGCACCAAACCAAAUGGAAAUAACCAGUGUUGUAUGUUAAGUGUUAAAUGCAAAUAAAUUACCUGGGGGAGGGGACCUGACGGGAGAGAGUCGGGGAGUCCUCUGUGGUCUUUUCCUCUUGCA